AUCGACGAGUGUACAUCCAACAUUCAUCGGUGUGAUUUAAAUGCGUCAUGUACAAAUAACUUGGGAUCUUUUACGUGCAACUGCUCUCCUGGAUUUUCUGGAGAUGGUCAAACUUGCAGUGGUAAUGACAUUUCUGGGCUGUGAUUUUUAAGGGCUAUGUUAUGCAAUUUGCUAGUUUUGGAAAGCUAAAAUCCGUCUUCGCAUCAUUUGGUCCAGGUUUGUUUGAAGAGUUUAGGCACCGAAUCUGUUUCCUAACGUCUAUUGCUAAUGAUGGCAAGGAUAAACAUGGACUGAAACCUAAAAAAAUUGGGCCAACUUUUUCAAGUCUUCACGCUCAAAAAUUUUUCGGUUAUAGUGCUCCCUGAUGAAGCUGGUUUGAUAUCUUUUUUUAUAACUCUAAAGGAACACUUUUUGUAUGGGUUAAGGCAUCAAGAAAUGACUUCACCUCAGAAUUGACAUAAAAUCCCAUGCAUUACGAAAGUCACCCCUAGAUCAGUGCUCGAUCUUUUUGCCAGAGUUUCGACGGAGAAGCCGAGUUCACCAAAAUGCAUUUGCGAAUGUAUUUGGAAUACAUUAUAGUAUUUCACCAGUCAAAAAUAUGCCGGAACAACAAGAACUUAUGUACACUUACUGUUAUUUUGGUUUGUAGAUUUUAUUGCGCUCUCCAUGAAGUUCAGAUCUUUCUCGAAUGAACAAGAAAAAAAAAAUGAAAAAGAAUUCACGAGGAUUCCAAAAAGUGUACCAAUAUAACCAAAAUGGAAAGACAAUUAGAUAUGUAUUAAUUGAAAUUAGUGCCUUGUUUUUCUCAAAAACGUCUAUGCUGUACAUCUUUUCAGCGUUUUUUCGACGGUUUAUCAGUGUCUACAAAAGUCAGGAGAUCUUGCCCAGAGAUGGGAUCAACGUGAUACUCAACAAUGCGGUCCUCAUACAUGCACCCGCUUCUGCAGGUUAUUCCCCGGCUCAAACCGUGAACGCAUAGAGUUUACGGUUUCAUUCACUCUUAAAUACUUUUGCUUUCUUUUUUUCAGAUAUAAACGAAUGUACCAGCAACACACAUUCAUGUUACGCCAAUGCAACAUGUCAAAAUACCAUUGGAUCACAUUACUGCGCAUGCAUGUCUGGAUAUACCGGAAAUGGACAGAACUGCAUCGGUAAGAUAUUCGCCUUAUGUUUCCUCGUCCUACAGUUUUGCAGCCUAAACAAAAACACUAGGUCCUAUGCUUUGCGAGUAACAAAUCCCGCCAAAAACUUGAAGCCCAUGCCACAUAUGUGCUGGGUUAAGCUCCUCCAUGCCCAAUGAGGAAUGCAAGAACUAUAGCAGCAAAAUCACUCAGAAAAACGUACAUAAGCUUAGGCACCAAAAUGAAAAGACAAUUUUGAACUUAAUUUUGACUAAUUACAAGGCGACUAUAGGAUGGAUUAAAAACCAGCAUUGAAUGCUGGAGCUGAAUUGACCAGUUUAGAGAAAGAUGCUGCAGGGAGCGUAGACUUUGGCUGGCUUAGCGAGCAUACUGAUUAUACAGAAAAGCAAGCGGACUAAGUGCUAUUCACCACAUCCAUACAUCAAAACCCAUCAUGGUCCUUGCCGUGUUAUACAAAACUGUUUCAGUAUUAAGAUGAAACAAAAAGACAAACAAACAAACAAAACAAGGACAAAUGACCAUCACUAGUUGGAAUCCAUACCCCCUUCCUCUUGUGCAUCUAUGGAUUAAAUGCGGAAAGGACUUAUAAUAUCUCUGUUUGCCCGCUAUUCUUGAUUUGUCAAUCUGUCAUUAUCAUUUACCCAUAUUUCUCCCUAUAGAUGUUGACGAGUGUGCGACCAAUACCCAUUCAUGUGAUGCCAAUGCUUUUUGUAAUAAUACCAUCGGAUCAUUCAAUUGCACCUGUAAUCCUGGAUACAACGGAACGGGAACAUAUUGCAAUGGUUAGUAUUGCCUUUAUUGGCUCUUAAAAGCGGAUUAGGUGGCAACGAGUCGAAUGAACAACUAUGUGGAGAGACAACAAAGACAUUUGGUAUCGAUAUAUAAAAUGACAUUAGCCGUUUUAACACUACAGGUCUACGGAUUAUCCAUCUAGAAGUGAAAACGGGACGAUGUUCAAUUUGGACGGAUAAUUCGUCUGAUUUCAUCCGUCUGUUUAUCCGUCUUUUUAAACGGAUAAUUCGUCUUGAAUUCACAUCAGACGGAUAAACUGAUCCCAGUUGUUACCUGACUUGCCUAGAACGAGAAAGGGUGUGUUAUAUGACACCCAAAGUGCCAGGAAUCGGAACAUGAAAGAGGAAUAAGGGAUCGAAAGUGGAAAAAUUACACACAGAAAAGCAAAACCCUAAUCAUCAUCCCACUAAAAAGGUUUCUCUCAUUUUCCAUUCAUUUUGGAUUUCUGAGGGUUAACCCCAGCUACAUACUACUGGAUGCACGACCCCUCAAGGGUCGGCUCUGAAGCGUUUCCAGAGUGCUAAAUUUUAAAGCUUUUCAAUAAAGUAGUAAACAAGAACUUUCAAGUUUCCUUUUCUUAACAUCAAGUAAGCGUUUGCCGCCAUUUCAAUGGUUUGGUAACCGCGCCAGAGCUUCGAGACCUGACACAUCUGUCUUAUGUGAAUAUGACGUGGCAAGGCCAAUUUGGAACUCACAUUAAGAUGGAAAAUAUACCAGACUGAUUAAAUCCGCUUUGACGUUUUAUCUUUCUCUGCUGUGAAAACGGCCAUUAUGCUUUGACAAAACGUUGGUUUUUUCUGUAUAAACAAAUCUUCAUUGCAUUAAUAGUGUGUCCUCUGCCACCGAUGUUUAGAAUGAAAUGGCACUGCGUUUAGCUUCUACGGUAUAUAAUCUCUUGCAAUAACUUCAAACAGUAGGAGAAUGGUUAGGCUAAUGCUAAUUCAUUUUCACUGCACGAAUAGAGAAAACAUCUAUUCAAGCAAUAUAAAUCUUUUGCCGAUAAAAUAAACCGGUAUAUAUAUACUGGUAUAACCAAAGGAAGUAAAGUUAGUCUUGUGCGGCUUUUAAUUUCAUUUGACUGACUAUAAGCAGUUUUUAAUACCAUGUUCUUAUCAAUGUUUUUAUCACACGCUCUCCUCUUUUUGUUUCGCUUCUUUGUUUGAUUGUUUUUGUAUCUUUUUUUUUGUUGUUUUUACUUCCAUUUAAGUGUUGACACUGUCAAUACGUAUACUUUAAUUUAUUGAGUAUACGUUUUUAUAUCUGGAAAAAAACACUGCCAGUACCUAUACUUUAAUUUUUGGAGUGUUCGUUUUUAUAUCUGGAAAAACAUUAAACGCUUUCUUAAAGUCAUCUAAAGUACAUGUGGGCAACUUUUUUUCCUUCUCCUUUUAGAUGUAGACGAGUGUACAUCAAAUCUCCAUACCUGUACCCAUUCCAACGCCGUUUGUAACAACACCGCUGGCUCUUAUUACUGCGGCUGCAGUUCUGGAUAUUCUGGAAAUGAAACAGUAUGCUUUGGUAAAUAUUAAGCUGAAAAAGAAAGAAAAAUUUUCUCGCGCUUCCCCGUAGACAAGAAUUUUCAUUGCGUAAGCACAUGACAGAUCAAAAGUUUCCCACUUACAUUACGUCCCAGCUCUUGCUAGUCCCUUAAAAAUGACCUUCCAAUACGCAUAAAAAAAGUGUGCGCGCGCCUGUGAAGAUGUAUUAGAAACCAGGCUAGGAGCAUAAUAGGUGAGGAUAUUUCACACGUUAGUUUGACUUUUGAUAACACUGUGAUUGAGGGGAAUGCAAGAUACUAAGCUACUUGAGCUUAUCAUGAACUAGCUCUGUUUGUCUUCUUCGUUACGUUUGGCUCAGUGCGUAUGUUUAUCCUUAGCAGAAUAUGCAGAGCAAUAGAACAUCGAUCUUUAAAACAAGAAUUUAUCCUUAGUGAGUGCAUGAUUUGCGUGGGAUAAAUAGUGAUGAAAAAAAUGAUUUUUGGGUAGAACUAUCGUGGUCUGUAUACAGACAGAAAUUUUGGACAAAUUCUAUCUUUACCAACUGUGUUUAUUUCUGUCCCUGUGGUUUUGCUUUUUCUCCAGGAAAUAAAAGCGUUAUUCGAUAAACCCUUUAAUGUAUAUUUGAAUAUUUUCUUUAUUCAGAUGUUGACGAAUGCGCAACUAACGCUCAUUCAUGUCAUGCCAAUGCAUUCUGUAAUAAUACCGUUGGAUCUCAUAACUGUACUUGUUAUUCUGGAUACAAUGGCGAUGGACAAAACUGCACUGGUAAAUAUUACAGCCUCAUCUUCUAGAACAGAGUUAAGUUACAAUCUCCUCUGGCUAGAAACAGACUUCAAGCGUGGAUAAAUCACGAAGGGAAACCUCUCAAAACAAGGCAGAAGUGGAACUAUGGCUGCUAGUCUCCAAUUAGAAUAAAAAACUAUGAUGAUGAUUAAGAGGUUUAAUGAGAGUUAGCCUCCCACGCAGACGUUUUUAACGUGUGACGUACCCCUAAGAACGUCUGCAUGGGAGGCUAAAUGAGAGUCUGACUGUUUUAUAUGCGUAUCCCCCGCUCCAUAGUUUAGCCAGUUUAAUAAGCCAGUAGUCCUAAGAAUGUUAUAAAAAUUCAUGCGAAAUAAAGCACGUUUUUAUUCUUUGAACUUAUUUUUCUAGAUGCCGAUGAAUGUGCAACUAACGCCCAUACGUGUAACCAUGCCAAUGCUGUUUGUAAUAAUACCGCUGGAUCUUAUUAUUGCACUUGCAGUCCUGGUUUCUCUGGAAAUGAAACAUUGUGUACUGGUAAAUGUCUUUUAAUUUAUAUUUUGAGCGUUAGCUUAUUUACUUUGUCGGUAAUAGUUUUGGUGUGCUGAGUGGUUUAUGAUCUCUUAGAGAGUUCUUUUAUCUGCAAGGAAAGUUGAUUCUUGCGGCGCCAAAUCUCUUCAGUAAAGCCAUACCUUGAUAGGCAGGUUAAAAGACAGUUUAAAUCUAAUCUGACCAGGCUAGGUGGUUAAACGGGCGGGAAAGAUGUAAGAGAACUGAGAGAAGACGUUAAAAAAUUCGAAUUUUUCUUGUUCAAACUUUAGAGCUAACUUUGGAGCCUUACCUUUAUCACUCCUCCAAGAAACUUGUGGAAGAAUAAUAAUUAAACAGUAGUAAAAACAGCCUUAAAACCGUUUGGUGAGGCUUAUAAAGUAGAGGAUGCCAAAAAAACUGGCCUUAACUCAAGUUCUACAGUGAUUUAGUCAUUAAUUUCGCUCCUUUCUUUUUCUUUGUAGACAUUAACGAGUGUGCAAUCAACACCGAUAACUGUGACGUCAACGCUUACUGUAACAAUACCGUUGGGUCCCACAACUGCACUUGUAAUCCGGGAUACACCGGAAAUGGAACAACAUGUGAAGGUUAAUGAAAACAAACGUGCUCAUCGUAAUAUUUUUGCAUUGGUCAAAUGAAAUAGAAUAUACAUAUGCCCAAUUUUCAGCAAUGCGUUACUGAGCACGGAAAGUGUGAGCAUGAGUCUUGGUUGUGUGAAGCCUUGAAAAUUUUUAUAGCCCGCGGUCCCAACUUUCACCAAAUUGAGCAUCACGAGUCACAUAGGUCUGACCAUCGUGUCAAAUUCAUAAAAAAUGAAACACGCGCGAAUUGUCUUUAUUUUCACGCUCUAAAUCGAACGGCAUUUUUUUUAAUUGUGGGCGAAAUAACAAAUCUGAUUGAUUCGAUAACUGAAUAGGAAAGUUGGUGUCAAAUACUGAUCAUGAAGUUUCGACAAACUGUUUGACGGUCAGCUUUGUCCACAAACCUUUGAUUCUGGCCACUUAAAUCGGAUGCUUAGUUCAGCUAUUGAAAUGGAAGGCUAAAUACGCAGCAAUCAUUCAAUUAAAAUGCAUGCUAAUAUGUAAUGCAUAUCUUUUUACCUCCGUUUCAGACGUCAACGAGUGUACAACGGGGUAUCAUAAUUGUGAUUCCAAUGCUUUCUGUAACAACACUGUGGGAUCGUUUAACUGCACCUGCACCGAAGGAUACUCUGGAAAUGGAACAUCAUGCUGCGGUAAAAAUGAUAUUUUCUAUUGGUAGAUCUGAUAUUCUAUUACAAAUCAACUAUAAAUAGACAAAAUUAAAUUCAACCGAUAGCACAUUAAAAAAAAACAAGAAGCAGUUAACAAAACGAAAAAUAAGCAACGACAACUAAAACUACAAGAGGGGAAAUUCUUAUAAAGUUGUAAAACACUUAUUAAAAGCUCAUUUAUCACUUUCGUCACUAGUGAUUAGAGCUUAAUUUUGUCCUGCCUAAACAAACGUCACAAGGACAUAAAACUUUGCGGGAGCAAUUGCAAAGCCAAAAGGAAAAACACAGAUAAACAUACAUAUCUAUCUAGACAUAUCUGUCUUGAUGAGGGUCAGGUGUGUAUUCCUCAUAGGAAGUCAGCGAAGAUUUUUUAAAUAAAAGAACUUUCUUGUCAUCAUCAAUUUGCACUCCGAUUCCCGCCCUCUUGUUGUUAGGAUGCUUUCUUAAUUCAUAUCAAUUAGCAGCAACUGCGACGCGAUGCCAUUUGCGCGAUGUCAUCAUUUUACUACUACGACUGGAAUCCUUUUCUUUUUUCUUUCUUAUAUAAAUUUUGUAUAUCCCAGGAAGUUUUAAAUAACAAAAGCCCUAAUAUGUACAAGAAACCAAAACCAUGGAAGAUUCUGGUCGUAUUAGUUUUAAAAUGACGCCAGUAUGGCCUAAUGGCCUACUAAAGGCGUAUUACUUUAUCACUCUGCAUUCACAUUUAAUUGCUUAUAAAUAUUGUUUAGAUAUUGACGAGUGUGCGACCAUGACCCAUUCGUGCCAUGUCAAUGCCUAUUGCAACAACACUCUUGGAUCGCACAACUGUACUUGUCACGCUGGAUACACUGGAAAUGGAAGAAACUGCUCUGGUAAUUAAGAAAAUGAUUAAAGAUUUCAUUCCUCGUUUUUAGUUUAACUUAUUUGUUUAUAUUUUGUUUCACUAUAGUCAAACGGUAGCACUUUGUUAUAAAGAUUCCGAGGUUUCGAUUCGAUUUCUCACUCCUGCUCUUCAUCAAGUAAUGGUGUCUCCGUCUCUCUUUUCUAGAUAUUGACGAGUGUACAACCGGCAGCCACUCUUGUGAUGCAAAUGCCUAUUGUGAUAAUACCAUAGGAUCACACAACUGUACCUGCAACUCUGGUUAUACUGGAGAUGGGCAAACGUGUUCAGGUGAGCGAGGACCAUGUUUACUGUCAAAUGAAUUUUACAGCUGACUCACUUCUUUAUCGCCUACUGUUACAUGACUUAUUUGUCAAAUUACAUAAAAUGUUUACACACACGGAUGGAAUUAAAUCGAACUAGUACGUGAAAGGUUAUCUUUGAUUUUCUGUUUCUGUCUAAUUCAAAGAUAUUGUUGCCUUAACUGUUUCUCUUCUUUAGAUAUUAACGAUUUUAUUUAAGUUCUACCUCCUGUCCCUCUUUUAGUUUACGUACUUGUUCUUCCCUCUGUCUGUCUGUCUGUAUAGUACAGCUUGAACAGUUCUGAUCAGCUUUUUCUCUGCUUUAUUCACUUUCCUUUUACCUUAAGUUUGUUUUAAAAUAUGAAAUACUAAAAAAAGAGCCGUACAGAAGACAGUUUAUCAUUCAGCCCGUGUUUUAUUAUUUAUUUCAUUUUAGAUGUUGACGAGUGUAUAGCCCAGACAGAUAAUUGUGAUGUUAACGCUUUUUGUAACAAUACCGUGGGGUCAUUUAACUGCACUUGUGUAUCUGGAUACUCUGGAAAUGGGACAACGUGUGUUGGUGAGUAUCAACUUCUGUUCUUUUAUAGGUAUAAGAGAGUGGGCCGGUAAGGCCUACCUUUGUAAAGUUCUUGGAGACUGUCUCAGACCCGAGGUUACCAUACUGAGCUAGAGGAGGGUUACUCUGAGUUUCCCACCAACCUGGUCCCCAGACUUUUACCGGGAAACGCCCUGGGGACCCUGGGGACAAGAUUGAUUUUAUAUUCACUCGUUCAAGAGAUCUGACACGUGUUUUUUCUGGUAUAGUACUUGUACAGUUUUAGAAGGCUCGUUAAAACAAAAAAGGUUAAGUCCGCUGUGAGCUCGAGUUUGCUUUCUUCACAUUUAGACUUCAUCUAAUGUGUUAUGUGCUAUAAAAUGAACGGGUUCAGUUAUUUUGUGGUUUGAAUAAAUAACGAACUAAAUAAUAGAUGAAUAAAUAAAGAUACUAGAUAGAUAAAUAAAUUGAUAUAUAAGUAAAUAAUCAAAUAAAUAUUAAAUGGACCUCUACAUCUGGCCCAAUGUAAUCGAUUUAAGAUAUUUUACAUUUGUUUCUUUCAUUAGAUGUUAACGAAUGUGCAGAUAAUACCGAUUCGUGUGAUAUCAAUGCUUAUUGUAAUAAUACCAUCGGAUCUCAUAACUGCACUUGUUACUCUGGAUUUUCUGGAGAUGGACAAAAUUGCACUGGUGAGUUUCUUCACGAAAAGGGCUGCCUUUGUUCAAUGGUGUCUAGCUGGCAUUAUGUUUAAAUGUUGACGGCAUAGCCUCGUUUUUCGCCGAAUGUUCUAGGCUUUUCAUUGCUACCAUUUCUGGGCGCCGCAAUAGUUUAAAAAUUGAUUUUCAAACAAAACCGUGUUAUAAAUUCCUUUAUUUGCAUGUUGUUGUAUUCUUUUCUGGGCGAAGGUAUUUGCGUGUGGCCUCCCGCUAACGGUUAGAAUUGGGAAUCGAAUCCAGUACCUGGAAUCCGGUUUCCACGUCGUUGAAUCUAGAUUCCAAGGCUCUCUUGAAUUCUCUUACUUGAGGCAAGAAGCUCAUUACUUACGUUUUCAAACUACAUCGCCGUUCCACUGACUCAUGCCCAUAGUUAGCCUCAAUUAACAAAACAAUUCGUCAAUUUUUAACGAUCACUGCCGGUUUUUUCUUCUUUUUAAGAUAUCAACGAGUGUUCAACCGGCUAUGAUAACUGUGACCCUUACGCUUACUGCAACAAUACCAUGGGUUCUCACAACUGCACUUGUAAUCCAGGUUAUACCGGAAAUGGGACAUGGUGCACUGGUAAAUGAAAAUGAUAACGAUUCUAUGUAAUAAGGCGGUAAUGAAAGGUUUUUUUCGAGUCACUGAUUUUAAGCCAUACAUUUUCUCUUAGCUUUGUUGUUUACUUUUCUAUAACAUGUACAGUUCCUUACGAUGUCUUUAAGUCUUGCUAGUUUCUCAUUGCUUCAAAGUACUCAAGCACGGAUACAGUAUGUGAGGUUAUGUCGUUUAAAUUUUGGCAAGUCAAUCAACACCUUUUUUCAGUGCUAUAAAACGGCAACAUUCUUCAAAUUCCCAAUGAUUGGAUUGCACAACUGUGGCCAAAGUGUUAACCUUUAUUGACUGAGAAUCUUCAAUGCGAUCGCUUCCGUUUAAAAUUUACCUUACUCAUCGUCUCAUGUUAUCUUGACAACCUCGAAUAUACAGUAUUUCACUUGAUUCGAUGCAGAAACAACAACUUUGUUUCCUUUCAGAUUUAGACGAGUGCGCAACUAACACCCAUUCUUGUGAUGCCAAUGCUUAUUGUAACAAUACAAUUGGGUCUCAUAACUGUACUUGUUACUCUGGAUACAAUGGAACUGGUUUACUUUGCGAUGGUGAGUAUAUGCAGUAAACGUGAGUUUCACUAUAGACAGUAUUACUACCAGCUAAUCCAUGUCAACAUCUUAAACGAAAAGCCCAAUCACGCGAGCAAGUACCCUCUAAAAUCAAACACUUAGGAGCGGUCUUAUGGACAUUUAGUGGCCAGUUGCCUUUACUUUCACGAUGGACGCUUCGCAUACUGAACUCAGUAUCAGAUUCUGAGUUUUGAGGGUAUUAAAGUUAAGGCUCCAACGAUCAUCUUGCUGCCAUAGCACUGAGCCGAAUGACCCGGUUUUCAAAAUGAACUAAAAGUUUUCAUAAACAUUCAUCUUGCCAAUUUCUCAUAUAAACUAAAAGAAUUGCGUGACGUGUUUCUUCAUGAUGUUUUACGUUUCCAAGACAACCAGCCACUCAGCGAGUUAACAUCAUACCACUGCUUUUGAAAUCAUUCUGGAUAAUUUUCAAAUAAACCGAAAAUCCAAGAUGGUGGAUAAAAAAUUGUGGUUAUAUUGAAUUAUGACGUAUUCGUUACGUCAGCUAUCUCCACCAAUUGAAGUAACUACCUUGGCGUGCUUCGACGUUUUCGAUUCUAAAAUUAUAUUUAAUACUUUCAUUUUCAAAAGCAUUUGACCGCAUGUACAAGUUUUAUAAUUUAUUAGUAGCUCUCUUUGCAAUAAUAACCCGAUCUCAUCCUCAGAAACUCAGAUCCGAUACAUGACAGUGCUGUUAUUCAAUCAUAGAAUUACUGAUAAUGAAUAUUUGAAAUGCUUUCAUCACUGUGAAAUAAUUUUGCGUCAUCUUCUCUAGACAUCAACGAGUGUACAACAAACGCCCAUGACUGCGAUCCCGAUGCAUUUUGCACUGAUACUAAUGGAUCGUUUAAUUGCACCUGUAAUUCUGGAUACACUGGUAACGGAACGUCAUGUACUGGUGAGCAUAAGCUAAUGCAAAUGUAAUUGCCACUUUCAUUUUUUUUUUAAAAAAGACACCUUUUAGCAGAAACUUAACAAUUAGAUUUUUUGCAGUUGUUUUAUUUGUCUUUUUGUUAUUAUAAAGUCAAACCCUACCCCACCCCCAGCCGUCGUCCUCUUCACGAUUGCCUGUCUGUUACGGACAGUCAUCUUUAAUCCCACCUCUGUACAGAACAACUUUUAACUGAGCAUGGUUCUGUUCCCUUGGUUUCUUUUAUAAGGUGAUUUGACUGUAUUUGAGGGAGUUGGCAGAAAAAUAUUAUCUCUUGUACAGCAAUACUCUUAUAGUAAUCAAAGUUGUAAGUAAUGAUUAAUGCAAAGGUGAAACUCUAAUGUUUGUUUCUUGUAGACCUUGACGAAUGUGACACAGGCGCAGAUUCAUGUGAUACAAAUGCCUAUUGUAACAACACUAUUGGGUCUCACAACUGUACUUGUUAUUCUGGCUACACAGGAAAUGGAACAACAUGCACUGGUGAAUAUUCAACUAUUUAGUUUCGUAGUUUGACAUUCACACAAGGUGCCAUUGCCCUUCUUAAAUGAUUUUAGAGCAGUUCUUUGUUUUUGGUAAUGUUUCGUUUAUUUUCCUUUUUUAUUAUUUUUUAAUUUUUUUAACAAGAUAAUUAUUUUAGCUUUUAAAUAAAGUACGCAUCUCUUGUUUUUCAAACUUUAGUACUUUUCACUGCUUACUAUUUAUUAAUGAUGGACUAUAGUGACAUAAGUGAUAUAAGUCAUUUAAAGUCCUCUUUACUGCACACACAAAAAAAGACACACCCACCCAAAGGUCUGUAUUUAAGGUGUCUUCUGAUUAACACUAUAAACAGUAAGACAAUGUCUUCCCUCUCCCCAAAUGUAUAACUCAUGCUUUUAUCUCCGUAUAGACAUCAACGAGUGUUCAGACAGCAGCGAUAACUGUGAUGUCAACGCUUAUUGUAACAACACUGUGGGUUCUUACAACUGCACUUGUAACCAUGGAUACACCGGAAAUGGAACAACAUGCACAGGUAAAUAUCUUUUUUUUCCCCUGAAUAUUUAGACUCAGCAUGAUAUAUAUCAAUCUGUGUAUGAAGACUUUCAAAAAAAAAAUACUAGACUACCGUCUCUCAUUGUUAUGAAUACUGACAUUCAGGAUGCAAAAAGUUGUCAAAUUGAACGCCCAACCCGUAGAAAAAUAGUGGGUUAAAAUCUAUAUUUCUGAAAAAGCCCGAUUAUAAAAACGUUUGAUAAGAACUCUUCCCCAGCAGUUAGAGAGGUCCUAACCCAGACAAGAAGUGAAAAAAGAAAAAAGGAAGGAAAGAAAGAAAAGAAAAAAAAAUAAGGAAAAGAAAGAAAGAAAAAGAAGAAGGGAAGAUCUAAGUGAAGAUCCAAGUCUAUUAUAACAGCUAAUGCGGCGCUUAAUCGGGAAAAGGUUUCUUGCUAAGCAAAUAACUCGAGUCUUCGGUUUUUAUUCAUUCAUUCCCGCCCAACCCUUAGAAAAAUACUGGGUUAAAAUCUCUGUUUCUGAAAAAGCCCGAUUGUAAAAACGUUUUAUAAGAACUCUUCCCCAGCAGUUAGAGAGGUCCUAACCCAGAGAAGAAGUAAAAAAAAAAAAAAAAAGGAGGGAAAAAAAGAAAAAGAAAAAAAAAAAAAAAAAAGAAAAAAAAAAAAAAAAUAGGGAGGGUAAAAACAUAAAAGAAAGUAAAUGAUUAUAAAUCACAUAAAGGCGGGCAUUAUUUGGGAAAAGGUUGUAUUUUAAUACGCUUGUAUUUUACUUUUUCGCUUGAUAAUGUUUUCCUGAGAGCCACACUCUCUUGUAAACAUACAUAUGCUCUUUUUUUUUAAAUCAAUCACCCCACACACCUAAAAAAAAUAGGUUGUAAAACAUCCUUUUUUAGAAAAGAAGAAAUUUAAAAAAAGUUUUAAAAAAACUACCCCCCACAACUUAGAAAGCGACAAAAACAAAAAAAAAAAAAAAAAAAAAAAAAAAAAGGAGGGAAAAAAAGAAAACGAAAAAAAAAAAAAAAAAGGAAAAGAAAGAAAGAAAUUGGGGAGGUGAAGACCUAAGUGAAGAUCCAAGUUUAUUACAACAGCUAAUGCGGCGCUUAAUCGGGAAAAAGAUUUCAUUCUAAGCUGAUUUAAUUUACCUUUCAGACGAGGAUGAGUGUGCACUCGGCACCGAUUCAUGUGAUGUCAAUGCUUACUGUAAUAACACCGUGGGAUCCUAUAACUGUACUUGUUACCCUGAAUACACUGGAAAUGGCACCUCAUGCACAGGUAAAUCGUUGUAUAAUACACUAUCUUUUUAUCAUAUUUUGUUGUUAUUGAGAAAUGCUACUCGGGUUUCAAAUUAAAUGUCCUUUUUCCGAUGUUUAAAUUCGAAAGUUUGUAUGUCUUUUAUUUGGUGUGUGGGGAGUCCAUCGGUGGUGCUGAAAUGGCCGAAUUUUAAAACACUCAUCGUGCUGAAAUGUUUCUCUUCAGUAUCUGUUGUAUUUUUUUUUCUCAGAUUUUGACGAGUGUGCAAACAACACCGAUAAUUGUGAUGUUAAUGCUUAUUGUAACAAUACCGUGGGGUCCUUUAAUUGCACAUGUAACUCUGGAUACACGGGAAACGGAACAACAUGUGCUGGUAAAUAUGAUUACUUUGUUCUCGAUAGAAGUUCUUCUAUUUAUUUUUCAUACAUUGCUCAAAGUAAUGAACCUGUUGGUUCCUUUUCUCUCGAAAUAAAAACCAACUUAAAACCACAUUGGCACACGCUCAGUUUCUUCCGUUUUUUAACUCAAGAAGCGCGCAGGUUUUACUAAAACUACUAACUGAAAGCAUUUUGUAACGUCGCCUAAAAUCCGUUAAGACUGACAGAAUACUUAAUCAUUAAUGCACUCAAACAAUAAUUAUGAAUAGGUGCGACAUUAAAACAGCGAACUGGAAGGUAUACUGUGCCUCAGCUUCCGGUUUUAACGCGACUUUGAUUGACAGUUAAAUGAACACGUGAUAAUGGUGAUUCAGCUUUCGCGUUUAACAGUCGACGCCUCGACCGUAGCACGUUCCUGUUAGGAUAGCAAAAUUUCGCCUUUUUAAAUGAGCACAGAGCAUAAAAGAUAUGUUGCAGUGUAUGCUUUAAAAAUGUUAUGCGGUGAAUAUGAUGUCUGCCGGAAAAAUCUUUAUGACUUUCCAGUGCAGUGCUAUAAUAAUCGGGCAGAACCUAGUUGAUAGAUGAUGUGGGUAUGUCUUAUGUUUUUAUAAACGGAAAGCCAGUGUUAUUUAUCUUUCGGACGAGGAUGAGUGUGCAAUCAGCACCGAUAGAUGUCAUGUCAAUGCUUACUGUUGAUUUUCGUUUUAGACAUUGAUGAGUGUGCAAACAACACCGACAACUGUGAUGUCAACGCUUACUGUAACAAUACCGUAGGGUCCUAUAACUGUACUUGUUACCCUGAAUAUACUGGAAAUGGCACCUCGUGCACAGGUAAUUUCAUGUAUGACACAUCUCCCAAACAUAUUUUGUUGUUACUCAGUUUUCAAUGUCCUUUGUGUGUUCUCCAAAUGCUACAGUCUGCCCCUCUUACAUGCCUCCUAUUUUUAUCUUUCUGUCCGUCCCUUUGUCUGUCUGUCUGUCUGUCCGUCCGUCCGUCCAUCCGUCCGUCCGUCGGUCGGUCCGUCCGUCCGUCUAUCUGUCAGUCUAUCUGUCUGUCUGUCUGUCCGUCCGUCUGUCUGUUUGUUCAGCUUUGUGAUCAUGUGUGAUCAUGCUGUGAGCUCUUUCCUCUCGCUCCUGUAACUUUAAAUAAUAUUUUAAGCGGCUAACAUUUCACAAUUCAGCGUGGUAAAAUUCUUAUGCUCAGCCAUAUUUCUUUUCUUAGAUUUUGACGAGUGUGCAGCUAACUUCGAUAAUUGUGAUCCCAAUGCUUAUUGUAAUAAUACUGUGGGGUCUUUUAACUGUACUUGUAACUCUGGAUACGCAGGAAACGGAACAACAUGCACUGGUAAAUAUGAUUUGUUUUUUUCUCGAUAACGGGCUGAAGAACCUUUUAUUAAAAUAAUUCUUUAAGAAAACUGAAUCCAGAGUAGGUAAAUCAUUGCAACAAAUAGAAACCUCAAAGUUGGUAAAUAAUGUCUUUUUUUUAGUUGAUAAAAUACAUUGACCACCUUAGUAGAAGCUGACAAAGUCCAUUGUCAGAGGGGAAUGUAGCUGAUUGUGGGUUGUGUGCGGUUUAUUUAACGGAUGUUGGAUCUCUGCUUUUGCAUUGUGGGAAUAUGGUAAGGUGGAAAACAGGAAAAAAUAAGUUCCAUUAAAAGCUUUUGUUGAUUCCUUGGGGAUAAAGCCUAGGGCGUCGAUUGGAAAGAUUUUCUUUUAUGCCAGACUUUUGCGGCUUUCCGUGUUGCCUGGGUGAAUCAGAAGAGAAACCACAGAUUGUCAUGUUCUGCCUGGAAUGACUGGAAACAUUUUAACUGUAUGGCGAGCUGCUGGUUUCGUAUCAGCAAUGUAUAUUGUGCACUGAUAAAAAUGAAUGUACGUCAGUAUUAAAUAUGCCUUUAUAGUUACUGAUGGUUUUCUUCCCACUUCUCCUAGAUGUUGACGAAUGUGCCGAAAAUAGUCAUAACUGUCAUGGCAACGCUUACUGUAACAACACUGUUGGAUCAUACAACUGCACCUGCAAUUCAGGAUAUUCUGGAAAUGGCUUCAACUGUACUGGUAAAAAAAUAUAAACGUUUGCAAUAGAUAUACCCGUGAGAACUGAACAAAGCGCUGGAAUGUUUAAACCCCUAUUAGCCGUUACCCUCUCAUAACCGCAAGGGACAAUGUAUCGGCCUUCAAUUUUUUCAAUUUUACCUUUCAAUGACGGCUCCUAGAGAAGGGUCUUAGAACCAAAACAACGGUCGCAAUAAGGUACAACUAAGUUACUACAAUUGGUUACGUUCACUGUACAUUAUUCCUCUACUUCCCAAAAUACGCUCCCAAUACAGCAGCCACCUGGGGCGAAUCUAUCUUUUUUUGGACGGGGUCUGCGGGCAUGUUCCCCUGGAAAAGUGUGAAAUUUAGGUCCUCAGAAAAGUGAUUUCCUGCGUUUUAAAGGGUAAUUGUAUGUUGUCACAUGCCUUUUUGAAACGACGCCCGUUUAAAAAUAUUUUAAACAUGGACCACUCUUAAAAAUUUACAAUAAUCGGGACAUAGCCUGUGGAACGUUUAACCAGGAGAAAGAAACGUCCCAAGCGACGUGGAGCAAGGAGAAACGACUGUUUUCGCAGGCUAUCGAGACCAAUCUCGAAAAUAAAUCUGAAAGAACGGUUAGAAAAUUUGUAUUUGCCAAGUGCUCUAAAAAGACAACUCUUGGGUUUCAUCAAAAACGGAAUCAACAUUCAUUUAAACCAGGCAAAGACUUUCCCCUAUCAAUGUAUUUUUCUUUUCAUCACAGUCAUUUUUCAAAAGACAACAUAUAGUGUUUGUUGGCGAUGUAUGGCCACCUACGUUUUUCGAUAGAAACCGAACGUGUUAAACGUUAUUAUUUCGGUUCAGGGGGCUCGAACGAACCACUCGAACCACCCCCUGUUCCGCACCAGGCCACUUACCUCUGUGAGUCUUCAGGGUAGCAAGGUUUAACAACUUCAUUUCCCGCGAAGAGGGCGGGACUAUCACUGCGCAGACGACUCAAACCAAUCCUCUUGAUUCUUUCUAACUUUUUGGGAAAAUCUAGAUCUAUUUUAGAAUAUUAUAUAUUAGUAAAAUCUAACUAGUGGUCUAUUAUCAAUGCUGCGUUCUGAUUGGUUGAGCUACUACUAGGCUAUAAUUAUGUUAUAGCCCACUAGUAGCGCAAAGCGCCGGCUUUUUGGCAGCAAAAAAGGAUUAAAGUCUAGCUUUAAGUAGCUUAAAUUCUUUUAUUCUCGAUGUUUUUGACCAACUAGUUGGAGAGCCCAUUCGGGCUCGAGGAAUAAUUGUUAAAUAGCCUAUUAGAUCGUUACACUCUGAUAGGAGUUAGUUACACCCUUGAGGCUAGCUGUAAUACUAGUUUUGUAAGCAAUCAGUUAAAUUGUUUAUUUGAGGGCUUUUUUAAAAUUUUCAUGUUAGACAUUGACGAGUGUGCAAACAACAAUGACAACUGUGAUAUGAACGCUUACUGUAACAAUACCGUGGGGUCUUACAACUGCACCUGUUAUGCUGGAUACACAGGAAAUGGAACGACUUGCAUGGGUGUGUAAAUCUUGUUAUCUUGGUUUUUAAUGAAUAACAAGCUAUUUCACUGAGGAUAUGGUAGUUAACUAAAAAGUUAUUUACAAUGGAAUAUGGCUUUAAUUUAUCAUAUUUUAUAUACAGUGUACGACACAUCUCUUCAAUUGGGGUGGAAAAGGAAAUUGCGAACAACCUAAGACUGUUUCCCGAAACACCUUGUUCCUUCGCCUCUGGAUAUUAUUACAAACUUUUGCGCGUUCACUUCUCUUGAAAUGGUCUAAGAAAUUAUAUAAUAAAAAAGAUAUGUCAGAAAAGUAAAAGGCUAUGUAAUUUUAAAAUAUCUUAACUGUUAAUACGUGAAGAAAUGGUCUGGCAGUCAUAUGCAUAGAAGCAAUUUAUGUUGCAAGAGAAGCCUCAGCAAUAACAAAAAAUUAAUAAAGAACUUCAUCAAUAGGGUUGGGCCCCGCGGGACCACUGCGUUAAAAGUGUGGUACCGAACUAAAUAUGCGAUGUAGUUACCUAAGUGAAUUUUUAAUCAUGCCCAGAGAACGAAAUGAAUGCAGGUUAACUAAUUCAUAUAAUUAUGAACUAAGGAUAUGAAAUAAUAUCAGAGGAUUAACAUUCGAUGAUGUUAAGACCGCUUAGGAAACUCUUUAAUUCAGUUUCAAUUUAUGUAUUGAUGUCAGUGAAGUCAUAUCACGAGAAUUUCAAUAGUGCUUUUGUGGAAGUAAAUUAGAAAAUAAACUACAUUUCUUUUUGUGCAAUAGAUAUUGACGAGUGUUCAAACAACACCGAUAACUGUGAUGUCAAUGCCUUUUGUAACAAUACCAUUGGGUCCCACAACUGCACAUGUAAUCCUGGACAUACCGGAAAUGGAACAUGGUGCACUGGUAAAAUAAGGCACCUUCUUACUUCUCAGAUAUUAUUAAAUUACAUAAAAGGUGGAUUUAAGUCAACUGUAACUACUUGAACAGAUUUGGUGCUGUCUACUGUACAAUGCAAAAAAAAAACAAAACAAAACCUGCGAAAGUUCAGUGGUGAUGGUAAGUCAGUCUCUCAGUCUGUCUGUCUGUCUGUCUGUCUGCCUGUCUCUCAGUCAGUUAGUCAGUCUGUCUGUCCGUCUGUCUGUCAGUCAUUCAUUCCAUCUGUCUGUCUGCCUGCCUAUCUGUCAGUCUGUCUGUCUGUGUGUCUCUCGGUCUAUCAGGCCAGCUCUGGCUCAAUCGAUCUGCUUACUACCUAAUUGCUUGAAGAUCAGUUCGUUUUCUUUGCCCGUUCUUCCUCUUCCCGUUCUUUAUCUCUAGGUCUCUGACUGUCCGUAAAAAGGUCAACUCUGUUUGUCGUUGGUUAAAAUUUCUUCUAUUCAUUUAUUUGAAAGGUCAUAAAUCUUGUGCAAUAAUCUUUCUUAACACUAAAAGCACAUUUCUGGUGAGUUUAUUACCUCAUUCAUCAAGUAUUGUAUUUUCUUGAAUAUUUCAGAUAUCGAUGAAUGUGCAACCAAUACACAUUUAUGUCAUUACAACGCGACAUGUAAUAACACCAUUGGUUCUCACAACUGUACAUGUAAUUUAGGAUACACAGGAAAUGGACAAAAUUGUACUGGUAAAUAUUGGGCGAUUUUUUUUUUUUCUUUUUUUGAAAAAUUUUUUUGUAGGUGACAUGUCAGUGGAAAUAGGUAUUUAUAAGGAAGACUUAUGUUAAUAUAACGUACACCUUUAUUAUCCGAGGAGAUGAGGUUCGUACUGUUGGUUAGCUCUUUACGCCCAAGGAAUCGAGGGUGACGAGGGGAAAGGCAAGUCCGAUAAUGAACAAGACGAGAAAAGAAAAAAAGUGGAUGAGGAGUUAAUAGAUAAAUUCACUUAUAUUUGGAUGCAAAACUAUUGCGCUAAAACGUUUCAUAUCAACGUCAUUAUCAAGUAAAAAAAUGUGUCUGUUGCAGCGUAUAAUUACUAAUUUGCUUCAUUAAAAACCUUAUAUAAAGUGUCAAGAAUGUCAGUUCAAAUAAAGAGUUUUGCACGCGAUUAAAUCAACCUGGGUGUUCAAGCUUGGAUUGAUCUCUUUUAUGAAGAGCAUCUCUUAAAUCAGGCAUUUAAACUUCGUUUAGCAUUUGCAAAGAAUAUGAAAUUGGCUUUCUUUGGGCGUACCUAAUCGCCCAUGGGCUUCUGCAAGGUGUUUACCGAUAGCCGAUAGCAUUUUAGCGCAGAUAAAAAGAUAAAAAAAAAUUGUAAGACAAAAAUUAGUUUACUUCAAUUUCCAGUAAAGUUCUCUUUCUGUGACCACUUAGAGCUUUUCCAGUUUUUAAUGUCUGCUUAUGUAGAAAAGUAUAUUAUGCUCAAUCUAUGUGCAUUUUCUCUCUUUAGAUGUGGACGAGUGUGCGGACAACUCCCACAACUGCCCAGCGACAUCGGUGUGUAACAAUACCGUAGGCUCUUUCAUCUGCACCUGCCCUGCACUUUUGUUUGAAUGGGAUGGAACAAACUGUUCUGGUAAGCAUAAAUAUUACUUGUAUAUAUAAAAAGAGAGCAGCUGAAACGGGAAAAACUUCACUCUUAAGCUAAACUGGCCUUCGCCUGUAUUAAUCACCUAUGAGAAACGUUUGUCGCUGUAGGUCAAAAUUUUUGACUCACGGACGAGAGGAAAAGUGAAGGGGUUGGAGUGAGCUAAAUAUGAUCAGUAAAAAUCUCAGCUCCAAGAUGGCAAACAAGAUAAUGGCCAUUAAGAAUGAUGUCACAAGUUCGCUGAAGAAUGAUAUACAGCAUGUUGCAGAGCUUAUUGCAGACUAUCCAUUCAACUUUUAUUCUGAGCAUAACAUUUGAAAACUGGAAAAAAAAAAAAAACAAAAAAAAAAAACCCUGGGGGACGAACUUUGCUUUCAAUAAUUUUUUAAGUAAGAUUUUGAUUUUUGUUGUAUUCGGAUCUGGUUUAUGUACAGCUAUUCUUCUUCUCUACUCUUAUAUUAAUUUCUAUGUUUUUUUAAUAUCAGUUUUCAAAAAAAAAAAAAAAAAACCAAGGGGUACUAAGCGAGUUUUAACAAUUUUACCCUGUUAUAGAAUGUGUUUUCUUGUAACAAAACGCUGUGAGGUAAUAGACAUGCCCAUUACGCCCCGGGUAACAAUUCCUGCCCUUUUGCAUACAUUUAGAUUCAUCUUAAGUUUGGGCUUUUGUGUAUCUGGGAGUUUAAGGACGAUUUUAAACAUAUCUGUUUUAUCAAUUAGAAAUUUCAAAUCUCCUUAGCAAUGCGGGCAACAAGUUCCAUUUCAAUUUCACACAACUUUUACUUUACUUAUUAUAUCUAUUAUACUACUACAUCAGAAAUUUCUGCAACUGGAUUGGCUUAGAGCAGUGGUAUUUCAGCUUAAUUUGAAAUACCUACAUGUGAAAAUUACAAACCUUUUGCGGGUAGUAGUAUAUACAAAUAAUAGUAUGAUUUGUACGAGAUAUUUGGCAUAAAUACCACUUGUGAUAUUUCAAAAUUGUCCCAAAUUUCACUCGCCUAACGGCUCGUGAAAUUACGUAUAACUAUUUUGAAACAUCACUCGUGGUAUUUAUGUCAAAUAUCACUACAAGUCAUGCUAUUAUCUACACUAAUUUGCACUGAAAAGAAGAUUGAACGUACGGAGGUUUGUAUCACCGGCAGUGGAGACUUGUAUCACAGUGGGUGUUGACUCUCCUAAAGUGCUCUUUUAGGAUUGACAUCGAGAAUAGAUGUUUAAUUUGACCUUAUAAUAAAUCACUAUGAAUCGCUAAACCCUAAUAUAUUCUUGUUUCAGACGGAUGGAUCUUUACAAACAUAAGCACUGGUAGAUUGGGUAGUAUUCAGUCGUUCACAGUUCCAGAAACUGCUCGUUAUCUCAUCAAAGCAUGGGGGGCACGGGGAGGAACGCACACGACAAAUUAUGGCGAUUUUCCCGGAACUACCGUCGGAGGAAAAGGCGCGUUCAUGGAAGGAACGUUUAUAUUGUUUAAUCAAACUGUGCUGAGUAUCGUGGUGGGGCAGAAGGGAGGAGAUUCCGUGGAGGUGAGGGGAGGACAACCUACUAGUCAGACCGCAGCUGAACUGGGACUGUCAGUGGAGGACAAUGCUGGUACAGGGGGUGGUGGAGGAAGUUUUGUUUAUAAUACCACCACCCUGUUUAUAGUUGCUGGCGGGGGAGGAGGUGCAAGCGCAGGAAAUAACGGAGUAGACGGUCAGGAGGGUCCUAAUGGCACUGAUAGUGUUGGUCCUAACCCCACGUACGUGGGAAAAGGAGGAACUGAUGGGUACCCUGGGGAAUGUAACACUGUAGAUGCUCUUUACCAUGGUGGGGUGGGUGCAGGCUGGGUACGCGAAGGCUGCAACAGAGUUGACAUACAGCAUGGAGAAAGAGGUGACUCCCGAGCCCAGGAAUGGGUAGGGGGACGAGCUGGGGAUAUGAACAGUGGAAAUAACGGAGGGCCACCCCCAGGGGCUGUAGGAGGUUAUGGCGGUGGAGGAGGGGGUGCAGAGGACAAUGGAGCAUCAGGUGGUGGAGGAGGUUACUCUGGGGGAGGUAGUGGUCGUCGUAUGCAACAAGCCGGAGGGGGAGGGGGAUCGUAUUGUGGUGGCAUGAGUUGCUCUGGUACGACUGGUGGUAAUCCUGAAGAUCAAGGACGUGUACAAAUAAUUCGAUUAUUUGACUAA